UGAGUGUAAAUGAGAGAUGUGGUGGGAAAGCUGUUAUUGUCUUUUGGCUGUAGAGUUAACCAUUUAGGUAGAUAAAUAUGUUUAAAUAUGUGUAAAUAUAUGAAGAACCGCAGGAAUGCCACUACGAACAUAAUGCUAUAAUAAUUACUGGUGAAAAGGGCACACAUUUCCAGUGAUGGGGACAAGGUAGGGCGCUACGCUUUUUAAUGAAUAUUAUCUUAACCAGUGUUCAAGGUCCAGGAUGAUAAGGCCGGCUCCACUUGACGUAAAGCAAUCUUGGAUUACCAUGGGCUGAUAUCCUAUUACAGGUAACUGCAGGUAGAGAACAACACUACACGGUGUGGCGCAGAGCAACAGGAUUGUUUACCUGCCUCUGGGAAAAAUGGAAAAGGACAAAAGAGGACUGCCUCGGUUAACAUGGGUCUGUCUGGCGUUAUGGCUUUCCCAGUUCCCAGCCCAUUCCUCUGCCUCCUACAUGGUCUACUGGAGUGCUGUACUGGACAUCCUGUACCUCAGCCCAGGAGCUAACCACACAACCACCACUAUGUGUGAGUGUGGCUGGUAUGGGGCAGAUUCUCCUCGGGUCUCAGCCUCUGGAUAUGUGGCACUUCCUACAUCGGAUCCCUCGGCCUGCAGUCCCAACACAUCGUUCUCUGUCAAAAAGCGGCCGUGGAUAGCUCUCAUCAAACGAGGCAACUGUAGCUACGCUGACAAGAUUCGAGCUGCCCUGCGAAAAAAAGCCUCAGCUGUGGUUAUCUACAACUAUGACGGCGCUGGAAAUGCAACAACCCCCAUGAGCCAUCCAGGGGUUGAUGAAAUAGUGGCCAUCACCAUCAGCAACAACCUUGGAAAAGAAAUCUCCAGCCAGGUGGAAAGUGGGACAAUGGCCUAUAUGUACAUUGAAGUGGGCAACCGGUUUAAGUCUAUGGGCAGCCCUACGUGGGUCUAUAUCAUGUCUUUCACCUUCUUUGGAAUAACAGCCGUCAUUCUGGGCUACUUCAUCAUUGUGGUGAUUAAACGCAUCUACAGAAACAGACAGCUCCGGAGACAGCAGAGAGAAAUGAAGAAAGUGGCGGAGAGAGCUAUUUCCAAGUUACAAGUUCGGACACUUCGAAGGAAUGACCCGGAAGUUGAAGCAGAAGAGAACACCUGUGCUGUGUGCAUAGAUCCAUUCAAGAGGGGGGAUAUUGUGACAAAUCUGCCUUGCAGUCAUCUCUUCCAUAAGACAUGCAUUGAACCAUGGCUCCUGGAACACCAUACCUGCCCCAUGUGUAAAUAUGAUAUUCUGAAAGCAGAGGUUGGGGUAGAACCGCAGGAAUCAACCACUCCAACAGAAGAUGUCAGGUUUUACCCGAGUUCUGUAUCAGGAUCACUGCCAGAAACGCCAGCGGUGGUCACGUCUCAGGAGCAACAUGUUGAGACCAGGUCACGCUUAGAUGUUGAGAGUGCUGAACGUGCCAUUCCAAUGUCAGAUCAUGUGAGGAGAAAGGAGCACAUCUAUGAGAACCCAGCAUUCGAAGAAGAACAGCAGAACAAUGACCAUCCUAUACAUCAAGUUUAAUAUAAUAAUCAAUACAUAUUUAUGGAUAACAAUGAAUUUCCUGGAACACCAAUAAGGAAUAACUCUUAGUAAGACAAUCUCUUAAAUUGGGGUAUAAUACUUAAUAGCAAAAAAGAGCUCAGACUGUAGUGUGUAUGAGAAAAAAUACACAUUAGAGCCCUUAAAAGGUAUAGUAGGUGAUUUGCCUGAAAUUUUUUUUUUUUUUUUUUUUUUUUACUUCACUGAGAUGGAAAGGUUGUGGGUUUGAGACCCUUUAGCACGAUAUCACUGUGUGUCUUCCGGGUGUGUGUUAGUGUGUUCACUGCACAGAUGGGUUAAAGGCGGAGGCAAAAGUCCAUCUGUGCCCAGCACAGGUAUGGUGUACAUAAGUGUAUUGUCUUGUCCUGUCUUAAGUCUAAUUCUCUAAUGACAAAAAGAAUAUGAAUCAUUUUUUUACAGAGGCCACAUGACUGUUUAAACUCACACACACUUGCCUGAAUACCAGCCUACCUCACAACCCCACACUCAGGCAAGUGCUGUAGAUGUGUACUGCAGAGUCCAUUAAAAAGACUUAAACACAAAAACACCAUUGUGGUUUAGGAAUUAGUGUCACCAGCUAAGGGUGGAGUAACCUGUACCCUGGAAAGUGAUGCUGUUGAGCAGGUAAAUAGCAGUUUUGUCUUGUUUAUGGUGAAAUUUGUCAUUUUCCUGAAUGAUUUAGCCAACAUAGCUAAGGUGUUUAUAUCUUUCUGGUAUAAAUCAGCUUCUCACUGCAUCUGUGUGGACUGGUGUUAGCUUCCCUGCUAGGCUAACUUCCUUGCUAGCUCAUGCUCACAUUUUAAGAGUUGGUUUUGCCAUUUUACAGUCAAGUCUGUGUCUCAUGUGGACAGACAGUAAAAAAACCUACAUUAUUAAAAACACAGCUACAUGUGUAGAGAGUUUAAAUGGUACCACUUUAAAAUAAGACUACCUUUAUAACGGGCUUAUAAAUGGUUUACAAUUAGUUUAUUAAUAGUUACUAAUUAGGUUGCAAAUGCCUUAAAAAUAAUUUAUAAUCAGUUAUAACACAUAUGUAAAAAGUGCAACAACGACCUGUUGUUUGCCAAAUAGUGAACCCACAGCCAUCUAUAUUGUUGCCCGUUCUACGUAUGUGUUAUAACUGAUUAUUAAUGAUUUUUAAGGCAUUUACAACAUAAUUAGUAACCAUUAAUGAGCUAAUUGUAAACCAUUUAUAAACCCUUUAUAAAGGUAGUCUUAUUUUAAAGUGGUACCGUUUAAACUGUAGCUGUUAGCUUGCUAGCUUAGCUUGUUUGUGUGCAUGUUUCGAGUGAAUGUAUGUUGUGAUUAUUUGUAAUUACUGAAGGUUAUGGGAGAUUUUUCACCUUACAAAUGUUUAAAGGAUGAAUUUGAUGAAUUCUGCUCAGUUCUUCACCUCUUUCCUCCCUCACAUGCCGUUAGCUGUGUGUUCCUGUGUUUUGUGGAGUGGAUUGGCUUUGGAAGGAGGUCUGUUUUUUUGGCUUAAACUACUGGUUUCUUCAAAAUCACCUACUAUAACUUUAAAACAAGCAGCCUAAAUGAUCAAAAAAUUGAGAUUUGAGAUCUUUGAAUAAAAAGAGAUCUUUCAUUUCAAAAACAAAGUUUGUUAAAAUGAUACAAUGGGUUUUGCACGUGUUAAAAAUAUGCACUUUGAAUUUGUUGGGGUAAAGGACUGUGUGUGACAGGAAGUGUGCUUAUUUCUUUACUAUACAAAAAUAAUUAUUUUUCUGAAGAUUAAUAGAUUCUAAGAAUCUAUACAUUAUUUUUGUUCCUGCAUAUGAUCAAAAGAGGCCAAAUACAAUAUUAUAUAUUAUUUAAUUGUACCUUCUUAAUAAUGCUGUUAUAUUUUGGAUGUGACACCGAAAUGAAUAAAUGUGUAUUUUCAAAUAAUAUUUUGUUCAUGUAUUAAUAAACAUAAUUCAGUUUUUA